AUGAAACCCCAAUCAUCCUUCUCUUGGAUAUUCAACCAACAACAAUCUUCUCGCCUCCCCCUAUUUUUGUUCUUCUCUAUAAAACCCAAGUUCGAAAAUAACUUUGACGGUAGCACUAAGGCGGACACAUUUGGGGAUGAUUAUGUGAAUAGUCUAACACAAGCCACCAAAAAUAAUAAUAAUGUGGAUGGGUUGAAAAAACUACAAUUAUGGAAAGAAGCUGUCGGCGAGAGCCAAGCCAUUGAGAUGGCUAGAGAAGAGGCUUCUAGAGCAUGUGAAGAGGCUGCAUUAGCUAAUGCGUGUGCAGACGAAGCGAAUGCGAAUGCAAGAGAAGCUAUGGCUGAGACAGCAAAAUUGAAAAGGAAAUUUGAAGAAUUUUAUAAAUAA